GGCAUAGUUGAAACGUCCUAUAUUAGUGGCUUGGUCUACCAAACAUAACCAAACAGUGGUAUUCAUUCCUUUCUGCAGUGCCAGCUAAAAAGUACUUCACGUUCUUGCUAGUGGAAUGUUUUCAGUGAUCCUGCGCAGCGCAGCUCAACGACGCGCACUCCCAGCACUCCGUCACUUCUCAACACCACCUCCAUCACCUUCUCAAAACCCACCUUCUCCAUCUCCAACGUCACUCCCAAGCCUUGACUUUCAGCCUACGGAACCAGAACCAGAAAAGACUCAGCGCACCGGUGCAAAGUCAUCCAAGGACUCGCUCUCGAGUAUAGAGCGAAAAAGACAGUUUUUAGGACGUCUAUCUCUUGGUGUACUCGCAGUUGCUCUCGGUGUGCAAGUCGUAUAUCUUGGUAGGGAUUGGGAGACGGAUGAGUUAAAGGAACGGAAACAGACGCUUGAGGAGGCUCCGUCAGGAAGGUGGGAACGAACGAAGUCGAGGUUUUGGGAACUGUUCGACUACUUCAACAAACCCCAAUGGACAGAGCUACUCCCGCCACCUCUCCCAGCUCCUCAUCAAAAACCGUACACCCUCCUGCUGUCUAUGGAUGAUCUCAUUAUCACGUCAACGUGGGAUCGACAGCAAGGAUGGCGGACAGCCAAACGCCCUGGCGUUGAUUAUUUCCUUGCCUACUUGUCCCAGUUCUACGAAAUUGUGAUAUUUACAACCCAGCACCAUUAUACCGCCAUGCCCGUAAUUGAGAAACUCGACCCAUAUAAUUUCUUCAUCGCCUAUAAGCUUUUCCGCGAAGCCACACGAUCAGUGGACGGUAAAAUUGUCAAGGACCUUUCUUAUCUCAAUCGUGACCUCUCGAAAGUUAUCCUCCUUGAUACGCAUCCGGAACAUGUAAGCUCGCAUCCCGAGAACGCCAUUGUCAUCCCCAAAUGGACUGGUGCGCCCGGAGACAAGGGCUUGAUUGCCAUGAUCCCCUUCUUGGAGUCCAUUGCGAUUUACAAGUCCCCUGACGUGCGGCCCAUCCUCCAAGCGUAUGCAGGAAAAGAUAUUCCUAUCGAAUACGCGGAGAAGGAGGCGGAGGCAAAGCAAAAGCAUAUCGAGGAGUGGAAAACCAAGGCGCGUGGAUUAUCCAAAGGCGGGUUUACGCUGAGCGGCAUGUUUGGCGGCCCAAGUGAAUCUUCGCACUCGCCUAUUCCUUUGACAUAUCUCGAGCAGAAACGCCUUGAGGCGCAGCGGCAGUAUAAAGAGGAGCAGUUGUACAUUGCGACGCACAAGCAUGAGUUUGAACGGCUGUUGGAGGAAGAUAGGAAGGCAAUGGCGCAGGAGAUGAGUGGGAGUUUGUGGGGCAUGAUGGAUGCGAUGACAGGGAGGAAGGCGGAUGCAGCGAAGUCAGCGAAGGCAGACGCAGAUACAGCAGUGAAGGCGAAUGCGGAGGGAUCGAAAGUGCAGGUACAAUAGACGGACUGUGAUGCACACAACCAGACAGGAGUUAUUUACAUCUAGGCAUACAUAUCUGUUAUUGUCAUUAUUGCUCUCCGCUCUCGCACUAGUCCUCAGCACCU